AGCGAGCACCGCGCGCACCUCCGAUACUGGAUUAACUCUGCGCGUGAAGUUGCCGGGCGACGCCCCCUCUUCGCCCUCUGUGACGUCAGCGCGCCGCCUGACCUCCACCGCUCCGCACCGACGCAGGCAGCACUUGGGUCCGUCAGCCGCGCGCCUCCGCUCAUCGGCGCUCAGAAACUCAUCGAUAUCAGGAAUCGAUCCACGGGCAGUUGAUAUGGAGGAGACUUCCGGUCGGGGGAGCCAAAUGUUUGAGUUUGAGCAGUACAAGGAGACGGCCGACUGGCUGCUGGCCCAGACAGACCUGCGGCCCGAGGUGGCCAUCAUCUGUGGCUCUGGUCUAGGCGGCCUGGCAGAAAUGAUGGAGGACAAGGCGGCGUUCCCGUACCAGAGCAUCCCUCACUUCCCCGUCAGCACCGUGGAGGGCCACGCUGGACAGCUGGUGUUCGGGACGCUGCAGGGACGCCCAUGCGUCUGCAUGCAAGGACGGUUCCACUUCUACGAAGGCUACGACUUGAAGACGGUCACCUACCCGGUGCGAGUCUUCUCCCUGCUCGGAGUCAAGACCAUGAUCGUGACCAACGCGGCGGGCGGGCUCAACAGCGCCUUCGACGUGGGCGACAUCAUGAUCAUCCGGGACCACAUCAACAUGCCGGGCUUCGCGGGUCAGAGUCCUCUGUGCGGACACAACGAGGACAGGUUCGGCGUGAGGUUCCCCUGCAUGUCGGACGCCUACGACCGCGACCUGGUGGCUCUGGCUCGAGAGGCGGCCGAGGAGCAGGCCUGCGGAGCCUUCCUGCGAGAGGGGGUCUACGUCAUGCUGGCCGGCCCCACGUACGAGACCAUCGCCGAGUCCAGAGUGCUCAAGCUGCUGGGGGCCGACGCAGUCGGCAUGAGCACGGUCCCUGAGGUGGUGGUGGCUCGCCACUGCGGCCUUCGAGUCUUCGGCCUCUCGCUCAUCACCAACAAGGUGGUGACGGACUACGAGAGCAGUGAAAGAGCCAACCACGUGGAGGUGCUCAACACCACCAAGCGCCGCACCCAAGACCUCCAGCAGCUGGUCAGGUGCCUGCUCACCAAGCUCUAGUGCCUACAGGUGUGGCUCCAGCGUGACCCGCGUUUAACCCCCGGGUGUCUGAGGUGGCGCGCACCUGCUGCUGCCUCCGUCUCUACCAACGCUCCCUGAGCUGAGACACCCGAGUCACAGUGGAGUCACCAGGUCGUUCUCAUGAAGGAAGUUCUGCACCGCUAUAGAAGCUAAACCCACAGCUGCUGUGUCCGACUGAGCUUUCUUCCUCACCGCAACAGAGGUCGGGACUCUCUGGUGGGGUCUCGACACAACAAACACACACAUCUGUCCCAGCUUCACCAAACACACCGAGCCUCCUGACCAUUAAAAACAAACACAUGUGGAUCUGCACCGACAAACACGACUGAAACAACUGCGCUGUUUUUGUGAUCAAACACACCUGACGCAGACACACCACACACUGGUGGCACCCCAACACACACACAGUCAUGUUGGCAAACACUCUCUUACAUCACACACGGACUCACACUGUGAAGGCCCCGAGUUCAGCAAUGAGACAAUCCAGAGGAAACAAGAGGUGCUGCCUGAGAAACAGUCAUGGAAGAGUGGCAGGGACAAAGGUAUAUUUUCUUAAGCGUGAAUGAGUCGUCUCAACCCCAGCAGUCAAAUGAGUCGUCUGAACCUCAAGAGAGGAAUGAGUCGUCUGAACUUCAAGAGAGGAAUGAGUCUUCUGAACCUCAGGAGUCGGAUGAGUCUUCUGAACCUGAGGAGUUGGAUGAGUCUGCUGAACCUGAGGAGUCAGAUGAGUCUUCUGAACCUGAGGAGUCGGAUGAGUCUUCUGAACCUCAGGAGUCAGAUGAGUCUUCUGAACCUGAGGAGUCGGAUGAGUCUUCUGAACCUGAGGAGUCGGAUGAGUCUGCUGAACCUCAGGAGUCUGAUGAGUCUGCUGAACCUGAGGAGUUGGAUGAGUCUUCUGAACCUGAGGAGUCUGGUGAGUCUUCUGAACCUGAGGAGUCGGAUGAGUCUUCUGAGUCUGCUGAACCUGAGGAGUUGGAUGAGUCUUCUGAACCUGAGGAGUCUGAUGAGUCUUCUGAACCUGAGGAGUCAGAUGAGUCUUCUGAACCUGAGGAGUGAAUGAGUCUGCUGAACCUGAGGAGUCGGAUGAGUCUUCUGAGUCUUCUGAAC